AUGACGGGGUCGGUGUCAACUACCGUUUUCCCUCUUUAUCCCUCUCUUGGCAGUAUCCUCCGAUGCAGGUGUUCAGGAUUCUGUUUGGUCAGGGGAGCGACCAGAGCGGUGUUCACUGUUCAGUUGGUUUUAUCUACCGGCUAUGUGGGUGUGAGGAUUCGCUAUGGUUAUUAUGUGGUGUACUGGUGUUCAUGGGAUGGAGUCGGCACUGGUCAUAUUAGAAUACGGAGAUGGAAUAGGGGCACGUUUGUUGAUGAGUGGCCUGGUUUGCCUAAAGGCGUUAAAUUUGAUCCGUCAGAUCAGGAAUUGCUGUGGCAUUUGCUAGCGAAAAUUGGGAAAGUGGGUCUCAAACCCCAUGCCUUUAUUGAUGAAUUUAUUCCCACUAUUGAUUCAAAUGAGGGCUUAUACUAUACUCAUCGGCAGAAACUCCCAGGAGUUAAGCAGGAUGGAAGUGUAUCACACUUCUUCCACAGAACAUUUAAGGCCUACAACACUGGGACUAAGAAGCGUCGGAAAAUAAAUACCAAUGUGGUUGGCGAGAUUCGGUGGAAUAAGACUGGCAAGACAAAAACAAGUAGUAAUUGGUGGAAUGCACCUUGGUUGCAAGAAAAUAAUGGUUAUGAAAAGACGAAUUGGGUGAUGCACCAAUACCACGUUGGCACUGGGGAAGAUGAAAAGGAUGGUGAAUUUGUUGUCUCCAAAUUAUUCUAUCAACAACUACCUAAGCCUAGGGAGAAUAAUUCACAAGGCAUAACUGCAGCAGAUGCUUUGGAGCCUAUAUGCGCUGCAGUGGAUUUGGCUGAUUGUCCUCCAUUGAUGGACUGGUCUUCUUUGCCCUUGCAAGAGGACAGUCGUAAUCAAGAAAUUAUUGACAAGUUUGAACAUAAUUGUGAUCAGGUAAAUGGGCACACCGAACUGAAGGACAAAGAAGACAUUCUCCAUCAUGAAUCUAAAAAUGUUGUUAUUGAUGAUCAAGAUAAGCACCCUUCGCAGGAUGAAAAAUGGUGGGAGGGGGAAUCCCAGUUCUGUGAAGAUGAGCACCAAAAGAGCAGGCCUCGCCUUGCUGAAUAUGGCCAUUUGCCUGCAGAUGACUUGAAAAAGGAUCUUGAAGAAUGUCAGAAGCUGGACGAUGUACAUAACACAAAUCUAGAGCUUGAAUGCACUCCCGAGUUUCGACUUAGCCAAUUGGUCCCCGGCGUCCAGGACCCGAGGCCUGACGCCCCGAGCCCGUUCGUCGACAGCCUCCUGCCGGGCGGCGCGGCCGCCCUGCCCGUGACAGGGAAUGUGGCUAGCUGUGGAAAGGUUGAUCCUGAGGUUGAUUGGGCAAUGGAUCAAAAUAUUGAGGAUUGGCAGGGUAAAAAAAGGAAGGCACAAGGGGAAUAUGAGGAAGAGCAUCCGUAUUGUCCAGAACCUGGAGAAGAAGAAGCAGCAGCUUGUGAUGUCCCCUAUACUGGUGCAGCAGCCCCAUCUCAACGUGUCACUGCAUCAAAUAGAGGAAGAAAAAGAGGCACUACCACUCCUAGCAUUGACAUGUUCUUCAAGCCUAGAACUGGCCUAGGUGAUCAGCCUACAGUAAGGAGUGUGCUUCAAGAAGAAGCGGUGAAGCAGAAGGCUGAUUUGUGUAUGGCAAAGUGGUUUAUUGCUGCAUUGGUUCCGUUUAAUGCAAGUAAUUCAAUAUUUUAUCAGCCAAUGAUUGAUGCUGUGUGUGCAUUUGGUCUUGGAUAUAAGGGGCCUAAUUUCAAUCAGCUGCGUGGUCCAUUACUUGCAAAAUGUGUUGAGGAAACUAGAAGCUUUGUUGAUGGAUUCUGCAAAACUUGGAGGGAAACUGGUUGCACAGUCAUGGCUGAUGGAUGGACAUAUAGAAAGAGAAGGACUCAUCAACUUCUUGGUCUAUUGCCCCGAAGAUUGUUUAGAGAUGUUGUGAACUUUGUUGGUCCUGAACAUGCUGUGCAUUUUGUCACUGAUAAUUCCUCAAAUAUGGUUGCUGCUGGUAGAAAGUUAGAAGAUGAGUUCCCAUCCAUCUAUUGGUCCCCUUGUGCUGCCCAUUGUUUGAAUUUAAUACUAUCUGACUUUGGAAAGGAGAAUAUAGUGAAGACUACUAUAGCUCAUGCAUCAUCUAUCACAAAAUACAUCUACAACCGUUGUUAUCCGUUAUAUCUAAUGAGGAAGUUCACUAAAGGUCAUGAGAUUCUUCGUCCAGCAAAAAUUUGUUUUACUACUAAUUUUAUUGCAUUGCAAAGCAUAUACAAACAUAAGGCUGAUCUUCAAGCAAUGGUUGUCUCCAAUGAUUGGAUAACCUCUGCAUAUUAUAAGGAAGCACAAGGGAAAAAGUUUACCAGAGCUGUGCUAGAUCAGAACUUUUGGAAAGAUUGUGCUAUUGUUUGUCAAUUAUCAGAACCAAUAGUGCGAGUGUUGAGAAUUGUGGACAGCCAUGGGCGACCUGCCAUGGGGUAUCUAUUUUCAUCCUUCCACGCUUCAAGAGAUGAAAUUGUGAAGAGGUUUCAGAGAAAGGAGUUAGUCAAGCCAUUUUUGGACUAUAUAGAUGCAUGUGCACCAAACUUACAGAAGCUAGCUUUGCGUGUAUUGAGCCAAACUUGUAGUGCUUCUGGAUGUGAGAUAAGCUGGAGCAUGUUUGAGCAUGUGCACUCCAAAAAGAGGAACAGACUUGAGCAUCAAAGGUUAAAUGAUAUUGUGUUUGUUCAUUGCAACUUGAGAUUGCGUCAAAGGUCCAAAACCUCUACUAGAAACUAUGACUCAAUCAGUUUGGAUGAAAUUCGGAAGGGAAAUGAAGCAUGGGUUGUUGAAGACAAUCCACCUUGUCUUAAUGCGGAGGAGUUGAAUGAAUUUCGAAAUGAAUUGUCUGCAUUGAGUAUACAAUGCAGUGAUGAUAUGGUGCUGAAUUUGGAUGAGGUUGAGGCUGAUGCCAUGGAUGAAAGUGAAGAGACGUUGUCCAGCCAAGAUAAUGAACUUCAUGAUCUUGGUAUGGGCGAUGAACAUUGUGAAGAGCCCGAAGAUGAAGAUUGGGAUCCAUUUUACCUAUAG